UCCUCUCCUUUCUUCCCUCCCUCCUUCUCUGUCCGUCCCUCCUCCGCCCAAUCUCUCUUGCAAUCUCUUUCUCUCUUCAGUUCCUCCAGGUAAUCCCUACUCAAACUUGUACCAACUUGUUUUUGACUGACAGCAAACAGUGAGGAGUGAUUCUUCAUUUUGAGAAACCCUAAGCACCUAUCUUUCCAAGGCAACCUGCGUGGACUGAUCUGGUCAUAAUUCCCCAUUGCGUUCGGAGCUCUUUACAGGUGACAAUGAGUCUGCUGUGGUCCGAGGAACCCCUUCCUCCCUCUCUCCAAAUAAAGAGCAGGGCGAUUGAAGGCAAUGCAGGAGAUUUACAAGACCCCAGUGUGUGCCCAAGGCCCCUGCUCUGGUGAGGCAAUAGCAGGAUCCCAUGGUAGCCAGGUGGGUGAAGGGGAGCCAGGACGUGCCACCUGCCCUGCAGAAGAUUCCUGACCUGCAGAGUGGCCCAAGGAGCGGGAGGAUGGAUACCAUGCACAUUAGCAUGGCCAGCACCCCUCUGGUGAAGCACACUGCUGGGGCUGGAUUCAAGGCCCACAGACCUCGAGUCAUGUCCAAGAGUGGACACAGCAAUGUGAGGAUCGACAAAGUGGAUGGCAUCUACCUGCUCUACCUGCAGGACUUGUGGACGACUGUCAUCGACAUGAAGUGGCGCUAUAAACUCACCCUGUUUGCUGCCACUUUCGUGAUGACCUGGUUCUUGUUUGGAGUAGUCUACUACGCCAUCGCAUUCAUUCAUGGUGACUUAAACCCCAGGGAGCCCAAUUCUAACCACACGCCCUGCAUCAUGAAAGUGGAUUCUCUCACCGGGGCUUUCCUUUUCUCCCUGGAAUCCCAGACAACCAUUGGCUAUGGGGUGCGCUCCAUCACGGAGGAAUGCCCUCAUGCGAUUUUCCUCUUGGUUGCCCAACUGGUCAUCACCACCUUGAUUGAGAUCUUCAUCACAGGGACCUUCCUGGCCAAGAUAGCGAGACCCAAAAAGCGAGCUGAGACCAUCAAGUUCAGCCACUGCGCAGUCAUCACCAAGCAGAAUGGGAAGCUGUGCUUGGUCAUCCAGGUGGCCAACAUGAGGAAGAGCCUGCUGAUCCAGUGCCAGCUCUCAGGCAAGCUCCUUCAGACACAUGUCACCAAGGAGGGGGAGCGCAUUCUCCUCAACCAAGCCACUGUCAAAUUCCACGUGGACUCCUCCUCCGAGAGCCCCUUCCUCAUUUUACCCAUGACCUUCUACCAUGUGCUGGAUGAGACCAGCCCCCUGAGGGAUCUCACACCCCAGAAUCUAAAGGAAAAGGAGUUCGAGCUGGUGGUCCUCCUCAAUGCCACCGUUGAAUCCACUAGUGCUGUCUGCCAGAGCCGAACAUCUUACAUCCCAGAGGAGAUCUACUGGGGCUUUGAGUUUGUGCCUGUGGUUUCUCUCUCCAAAAAUGGAAAGUAUGUGGCUGACUUCAGUCAGUUUGAGCAGAUCCGCAAGAGCCCCGAUUGCACCUUUUACUGCGCGGAUUCUGAGAAGCAGAAGCUAGAGGAGCGGUACAGGCAAGAAGAUCAGAGGGAGCGUGAGCUGAGGAGCCUCUUGUUACAGCAGAGCAACGUCUGACCCCGGGGGUCCUCUGUGAACCUCCGGGGCUCCACUUCAGGGAUGGCCUCAAAGGCCAUGGCUGCUGUGAACAUGGGACUUGAGAACCCUCUAUCAGACUGUACAGAUGUUCAUGAUCUAUCUUUCCCUUCUUUCCAGUGGCUAGAACAUUUCUGCAUUUGAGAGGGCUCCUUCAAAGUGCCUGGUCAGAGGUGAACUCUCAAAGUUCAGACUUCGUUUCUCUGACAUGGAGCUACACUUCACAGAGGCGACGGAAGGGCAAUGGAGGCAGUGUCCUGUUGGGUGGACAGAUGUGCAUCAUGUUGGCAGAGAAAGGAAAUGCAUUUCUAUAUAAGAACAUUAGAUUAUCCUGCGAGGUAUUUAUUUAAUCUACGCAACAGAGGUAUUCCCUUGUAUUCCUUUAAAACACGGUCCUUUUCCAGUUCAAAUUGAAUUGAUAAGCUUUAUCUGCAAUGAUGGCUCUCUGUUAGUACCCAAAAAGCAUCUGGGUAAUGGGGGCUUUAAAUUCACAAAGUAGAAUCAUUUUGUUUUUACCUUUCCCAGUGGACUGAAUGGUAUUGACUGAAACUGAUCAAACUGGGAAUUAAUCAUUCUCUCUCUGAAAAUAUGCCCAUAUCCUGAUUCUAUUACUCCCCAUACUUUUGGGGAGCAGGAUGUACCAGGCUCUUUUUUUCCCAUAAUGUGGUUCACAGACCAGCCACACAGCACCAUUGAGCAAUAUAUCAGCAACAUCACACAUCAUCAGGUUCCAGCCAGACUUACAGCAUCAGUAUGGAAAGCUCUGCUCUUGAUGAUGUUUUCAAAGUCACCAUCUAGAUCCACAUUGAAAAAUAACUAUGUGAGGCCCCGUGUCCCUGUGGCCUCCAGACCUGGCCUUCUUUUUAGUCAGUCAAUGUUUCUUUCAGUCAUUUCAGCUCAUUCUUGUGAACAUAUCUUGCCCACAAAGAAACUACAUAAAAUUACCCACUGGUGUUUUAAGAACAAAACAGAGCUCCUGAGAGUGUGACUGUCACACUCAUGAUAAGCACAUAGCUUGAUGAUGAUUUCAAUGGAAGAAAGUGGAAGUUGUGUCGUAACAGAUCCUGAAGUUUGUGAGGACAGGUGGGGCAUUAAGACAAGCUGCCAAGGGACAGGAGUCCAUAAACAGGAGGACCGCUCGGUGCAGGACAGAAUUUGAUAGUCUCGUAUCAGGUGAAGCAUACCCUCACUAUUUAAACGCAUCUCACAGAGCUCCAUGUGACAGAUAGCGUUUGUCUCAGGCAGAACUUAGAAGUCUAACACCCUGCAUGUGUAGGGGAAGAGAAUAAAUGGGUUAGGAUUGGUUAAACAUGUAAAAGGUGGGUGCUCACUCAUUCAAAUCAAGACCAACUGAAAAUUCACUCAAGUACAACGUGACCAUAGACAUUCAGCAAUGAGUACACACACACAUGCAUGUGAGCCUGACACAGACACAUACGUGUAAGUGCAUCCCCUGGCUCUCUGGGAACAAUCACAGGAAGCAUCCAUGAAAGAUGUUUGCAUUAAGAAAGCCCACCACUGUUUAAAAAAAAAAAUGAACACUUGGGCUCAGAGAAACCGGGGGGACAAUCAGCUGGAUUCAACUGCUGGUGCCUUGAUGGUGUGAACUACACACCUGUGAUCUGACCACAUUUGCAAAUGUCCUUCUAUUAAAUAAAAGACAUACCAAUGAAAUCUUUGGCUUGGAACUAACUUGAUGUAAUGAAGGUACUGAGACUCAUGGAGGAGACGUUUGCAAAAGUUUGAAGAACAAUUUCUGUGUAUAAAGGGAGGAUGUGGAGCUGGGAAGAUGCUCCAGUGGGUAAGAGCACUUGCUUGGUAAGCAUGAGGACCUGAGUUCAAAUCCCCAGCACCCAUAUCAAAAGCCAGGCAGGACAUUCCACACCUGUAACCCCAGUGAUUGGGGGAAAGGGAGGCUAAAACAGGAGGAUCUCUGGGCCUUAGUGACUACCAGCCCAGCUCCAGGUUCACUGAGACACCUCAUCUCAGGGGAUUAAGGCAGAGGGUGACAAAACAGGAUACAUGACCUCCUUCCCUGGCCUCCAGGCACAUGCACAGGCACACACACGUGUGUGCACGUACUACACUCACACACACACACAAAGGAGAGCCUUGUCUUUAAUUAUUGAAAAGUAUUUUCCUUUUUUGUCAAUAAUUUCACGGUUAGUCACAUUAUAUUGCUCUGUUUAAAAAAUGUUAGCUCUUAGGGUAUUUCGACGUUAGCCAUUUUAACCACCAUGCAUGCUGGUUUCCAUGGACCACUGUGGUGUAAUCCAGGAAACCUGGGUGGUUAGCCUGGCUUUCUGUUGCAUUGUUAAAUUCUUUCCACAAGAUUCACCUCAGUGCUGACUUGAAUAUGAUCAGGAACCAGCCUCACUUCUGUGGUAUACAGCACAAUGAUAAAGUGUCAGACUCAAAAACAGCUUUCUGUAAUCACUGAGCAUAUUAUUUUCUGGAAGAUUAGGGGUUCGAUCAUUGGAUCUUCUGUAACAGUAAUACAUACAAAAAUAUAUAUCAUCUUCAAAAUCAACAUGUGGAUGAGGUAUGCUGGCACAUGCCUAUAAUCCCAGCACUUGGGGAGUUGGAAGUAAGAGGAUUAAAAGUUCAAGGCCAGCCUUACUAACUUACUGAGUUUGAAGCCUGCUUGUACUAGAUAAACAUUUUCUCAAGUAAUAAUAAUAAUGAUGUAUAAGUCAAUAAAUCAUAUUGUAAACAUAAUAUUCAGCAAGUAGUUCUAAAAUUAUGAUUGGUUUAAAAUUAACAUUUCCGAGCCACACUUAACUGAUAUUACCUCAAACAGCAUAUACUCAUGUUAAUAUGCUAGUGAAGGAUUCAGGCAACGAACUUACUUGAGUUUCCCUGAACAGCCUUCUGAUUGAAACAGAUUCACGACAAAUAUCCAAUUAAAGUAAUCAAAAUAGGGGCUGGAGAGAUGGUACAGUGGUUAAGAGCACUGACUUUUUGCAGAGGACCUGGGUUUGAUUCCCAGCACCCACAUGGCAACUAACAACCAUCUAUAACCCCAGCUCCAUGGAAUCCAGCGCCCUCUUCUGGCUUCUGCAGGCAUUGAACAUACGUGGUACACUUACAUACAUACAGGUAAAAACACUCAGACACAUAAAUUAAAAAUCAAUCAUUUUUUUAUAAAAGUCAUCAAAAUAAUGGAGUACUUGACCCCCCAAAAAUGAGUAUUUGCAUUUUGCAGCAUCACCAAUAUAUUCUGUCUUUUCAGUGACCCUGUUUAAAAUUGUGCUUCAUUAGGAGACUAGAGAGUCCACAGCAGAGGAUCAGUCAUGUUCACAAGCCACAUCUCCCAACAGCAUUGGGUCCAGGCAGCAAAGGAACGAUGUGCUCAGUGACCUUCACCUUGAGGAGAGGAGCCACCUUUGGGUCUGGGGGGGGGGAGUAAACUUUGAUCCUCUCCCUUUUGUUUUUUCAUUCAUGGGGAAAUUAACAGUGUAUUUUUUAGGAAUCUAAAAUAAAAACAAAACUGUUAAAAGUUUGUUAGUGCACUAAAUAUUUCAAUAAAU